UAUAAAAAAAAACUUUCUCUUUUUUGUCCGUAUAACACUAAAAAAAACAUGGCAAAUACGCAAUUACCAGCAGACUUGGAAGUCUUUGUGAGUAAAGAAGUUGCUUCACUUUGUGAUGCUGAUCCUACUGUGUUGGCACAAUAUAUUAUUGCAUUAAUUGGUAAUGAAGAUUUAGACGAUCGUUUAAAAUCUAGUCUUGAGGAAAAACUCCAUGAAUUCUUUGAUGACCAAACUAUGCCUUUUAUUAAUCGUUUGUUCUCAAAGAUUAAUGGUCAAUCUGCUUCCGCCACCACCACCAACACCACCACUGCUGCUGCUACUGCGGUUGUUCCUUCUCUUCCCCCUACUACCGAUCGAUUCAAUGAUUUUUCGGAUGACGAAGAUGACGGCGAUCGUAAUUUUAAACAUAGACGUCAACGAUCCGAGUCCCAAGAAGACGGAGAUCGUGGUAGCAAACGUAGAAUGAAUGACGACCCUUCCUCUUCUCUUGGCUCGAAAUAUUACCGUACCAAUACCUCUUCCAAUGAUGAAAGAAGACCCAACCCUAAUAAUAUACCUGUCACCGGCGGUUUCAAUGGACACCAUUUCGAUAACAAUAACCGUGCUCGAGGAGGAAGUGGAACUGGAGGAAAUAUGGGCCGUCCUGGCGUCAACCCUAGAAUGCAUAACAUGAACCGUGGUCAAAACAGACCUCAAUGUAGAGACUACAAUGAAAAGGGUUUCUGUAUGAGAGGUGAUAUGUGCCCUUAUGAUCAUGGUAUGGAUAGAAUCAUUGUAGAUGAAGGCGCUGGAGCUUAUCCUGGUCCUUUCCCCCCUGGAGGACCUAUUCCUCCCAUGGGUGUACGUACCGUCCCUCCUCAACCUUUUUACGGUAUGCCCGAUGCUUACGAUCCUGAACGAUCUGGUAUGAUGCCCGGUCAAGAUAUGGGAUUCCCCGGUGGUAUGAUGCCUAAUAAUAACGAUAUGAUGAAUAUGCGUGGUAACGGUAUGCGUCGUGGCGGUCGUGGUCAUCGUGGUAAUGCACGUGGCGGAUAUAAUGGACGUCAACAUUAUAAUCAGCAUAAUGCUCAAAAUACCACUUUAAACGUCGAAAAGAUUCCUGUUGAAUUCUGUCAAAUUGCCACUGUCAAUGAAUUCUUUGCUAAAUUUGGUACGAUCACCAAUAUCAGUGUUCAACCUCAUGCUCAAAAGGCCGUGAUUCAAUACAGUACGCGUCAAGAAGCGGAGAAUGCUUACAAUUCACCUGAUGCUAUCUUUGAUAAUCGAUUUGUCAAGGUUUAUUGGCAUAAGGAUGAGACACCCGCUGUAAAUGCCAACGGUACAAAUACAGCAGCCACAGCGACAGCACCUGUUGAACCUCAACCUCCCAUGAUUAAUCCUAAUGAACCCGAUCCAGAAUUGGUAGCAGCUCGUGCUGCUGAACUUGCUAAAGAGCGAGAGGAAAAGCAAAAGAAACAUCAAGAACACAUGAAAUCCAUUUUGGAGCUUCAAAAGAAGAGAGAAAAUCAACUUCAACAACAAAUUGAUGAACAAAAGAGAUUGUUAGAUCAAUUAACGAACAGCACUGGUUUAUCUCAACUUGAAAAGGCCGAUCUUUUGAAGGCUUUAAAGACAAUUCAAUCAGAUAUUAAUACUACCAAAACUGCCGCUACUCAACCUCCCGUUGUCCCCACUGCAUCAGAAGGAAGCGAACCUGCUGCUGGUGCUGCUGAAGGUACAGAGACAACAGAGGAUCUUAAAAAGAAAUUAGCUCGUUUAGAAGCUGAAGCUUCUCAUCUUGGUAUUCAAGGAUCCGGGUUCCGUGGAGGACGUGGUGGUUACUAUGGUAGAGGACGUGGUAGUUGGCCUCGUAUGAGAGGAGGUAUGACUAGAAUGAGCUUGGAUAACCGUCCUACCAAGAUUGUCGUGAAAGAUAUCCCUCAAGAGUCCAAUGAAACCGAAUUGCGCCAGCAUUUCGAUCAAUUUGGUACAGUGACAUCAUUUGAACAGAAAGAGUCUGAAGUCGUGGUUCAAUAUGGUCAACGAUUUGAAGCUGAAAGAGCCAUGACAGCCGGUCCUAAUUACUCCAAGGGAACUCUUCAACUUGCUUGGAUCUCAGAAACACCCGAAGAAGCCUAAAAAACACACACACAAAAGAGAGAGAAAGAGAGAUAGGUUGAAGGGGUUCAUGUACAUAUAUUCAAGGAUAUCAAUUUGCAACUACAAAAAAAAAAAGAAAAAAAAAGAAAAAAAAAGUACAUACAAAAAUAACAAAAAAAAAAAAUAACCUAUAUCUUUUUCUCUCAUUAGAAACCCACCCACAAU